AUGGUCACGGAGGAAGGUGGCAACAAGGAUCUGGACGCUCUGGCUGCAGCAGCGCCAGGGCAGCCCGGAGCUGCCGUCGUUCGCCCCUUGCGUCAGCCCUUGCCGCCGAUGAACCCAGGCCGGUGCCCGUGUGCAGUCCCUCUCUUCUUCCUCUCUCUUUUCUUCCCCGUCCUCUGCUCUAACCUCUCCCUUUGCUCGUUUCUACUGUCAGGAGCAGAACGGGAGACCCGCCACUGCCGCCCUGGAUCACGACAUAUGUGCCUCAGCCAUCGCCCCUGUAUGCCAAGGUCCCGAUCUGGGUUUUCCCCGUGCAGUUCCCGUCGGAUCCAGCCGGUUCCCGCCGACCCCGUCGCCCGACCUCCCGUGUCACCAUCCUCUGCUCCAGCAGACUCCUGCCGCUGCUUCUGUUCGACAGGUAACGAGCAGCAACAGCUCGCUCGGCUGUUGACCGCGCCGCGCCAUCGCCUCGCGCGUUGCUGCACCCAGGUGGAUCCCCGUGCCCAAGCCGUCGCUGCUCAGGCUAGUGCCAAGUACAACCAUGUCACCAUCGGCCAGGAUCUUCGAGUACGUGCCGCCCCAAGCCACCUCGUUGCUGGGAAUGGAACCCCCGGUACCGAAGCUUUUGAACCCCGCCAUUUUUCGUGCCGCCGGACCUCAUCCCCAGGCCGAUUCCGCCAUGGCUUCCCCUGCAUCCCGACCUGCAACAAAGGUGUUCAUGUUCAGUUUCGUCAGGUUCGCGACAAGUUUUAA